GGGAUGGCGCAUUUUGACUCUGGAGUGACUGUGUGCAAAUGGGCCACGCCUCUGCGACACCAGCUGUCAGAGACGCGCGGGGGUCCUGAGGGCUGGGAACUGACUGCAGUCGUUGACCCCCAGUCUCAGGCCGCACCCUGUGAGAAAACCCCCGCUUUGCCGAGGCCCCAGGUAUAGCGGUAUAGCGGGACUCGGCAAAGGAGGCACACUUCUCGGUCCCCAUCCCUAUCCCAGCGCCCCUGGCUCGGACGACGCCUAGAGGCUCCAAAGUGGGUGCUAAAGCUCCCAGAGCAGCAGGUGUCCGAGCGAGUCCUCCAAGUUCCUGGAGACGUCUUGCCCUCCACAAAGGCCCCAGCCCGGUUUCGGAGCCGUCCGUCCCGCGCCGUUGGAAACCGCGCCACCUCGCAGCAUGGCCACCAGCCUCGGUCCCGACGCUCCCCUGCAGCCCAGUGCGCUGUCGUCCCAGCAGACCACGCUCCUGCUGCUCCUUUCGGUGCUGGCCGCGGUGCACGUGGGCCAGUGGCUGCUGCAGCAGCGGCGGCGGCAGCCGGGGUCUGCGCCGCCGGGCCCUUUCGCGUGGCCGCUGAUCGGAAACGCGGCGGCGAUGGGCCCAGCGCCGCACCUCUCGUUCGCGCGCCUGGCGCGGCGCUACGGCGACGUCUUCCAGAUCCGUCUGGGCAACUGCCCCGUGGUGGUGCUGAACGGCGAGCGCGCCAUCCGCCAGGCGCUGGUGCAGCAGGGCACUGCCUUCGCCGACCGGCCGCACUUCGCUUCCUUUCGCUGGGUGUCCGGCGGCCGCAGCCUGGCUUUCGGCCAGUACUCCCAGCAGUGGAAGGUGCAGCGGCGCGCGGCGCAGAGCACCAUGCGGGCCUUCUCCACGCGCCAGCCGCGCAGCCGGCGCGUCCUCGAGGGCCACGUGCUGGGCGAGGCGCGGGAGCUGGUGGCGCUGCUGGUGCGCGGUAGCGCGGGCGGCGCUUUCCUCGACCCGCGGCCGCUGACCGUGGUGGCCGUGGCCAACGUCAUGAGCGCCGUAUGCUUCGGCUGCCGCUACAGCCACGACGACGCCGAGUUCCGCGAGCUGCUCAGCCACAACGAGGAGUUCGGGCGCACGGUGGGCGCGGGCAGCUUGGUGGACGUGCUGCCCUGGCUGCAGCGCUUCCCCAACCCCGUGCGCACCGCCUUCCGCGAGUUCCAGCAGCUCAACCGCGACUUCAGCAACUUCGUCCUCGACAAGUUCCUGCGGCACCGCGAAAGCCUGCAGCCCGGGGCCGGCCCCCGCGACAUGAUGGACGCCUUCAUCCUCUCGGCGGGAACGGACGCGGCGGAGGGCUCGGACGACGGCGGCGCGCGGCUGGACCUGGAGUACGUGCCGGCCACUGUCACCGAUAUCUUCGGCGCCAGCCAGGACACGCUCUCCACCGCGCUGCAGUGGCUGCUCGUCCUUUUCACCAGGUACCCUGAAGUGCAGGCUCGGGUUCAGGCCGAACUGGACAGGGUCGUGGGUCGAGCCCGGCUCCCCUGCCUGGACGACCAGCCUAACCUGCCCUAUGUCAUGGCCUUUCUGUAUGAAGCCAUGCGCUUCUCCAGCUUUGUGCCCGUCACCAUUCCUCAUGCCACCACCACCCACGCCUCUGUCCUGGGCUACCACAUUCCCAAGGACACAGUGGUUUUUGUUAACCAGUGGUCUGUGAAUCAUGACCCGGCGAAGUGGCCUAACCCAGAGCGCUUUGAUCCGGGCCGGUUCUUGGACAAAGACGGCUUCAUCGACAAGGACGUGGCCAGCGGCGUGAUGAUUUUUUCAGUGGGCAAACGGCGGUGCAUCGGGGAAGAGAUUUCCAAGAUGCAGCUGUUUCUCUUCACUUCCAUCCUGGCUCACCAGUGCAAUUUCAAGGCCAAUCCGGACGAACCCUCGAAGAUGGAUUUUAAUUACGGUCUGACCAUUAAACCCAAGUCAUUUAGAAUCAACGUCACUCUCCGAGAGUCCAUGGAGCUCCUCGACAGCGCUGUCCAGAAGUUACAAGCCAAGGAAGACUGCCAGUGAGAAGCCAGAAGCAAGUUCAAAUUGUAGAAGUACUCAAGAGUGGGGGGUGGGGAGUAGACUUUUCUAGCGCCUCUGUGCCACUUUCUCAAGUCGCCUCUAAAGUGAACAUAGACCCACCGACCCGCAGAUGAAGUGCUUCCCGCGUGUGCUCAGAGGAGCGCUGGGCUGUGCAGGAGCUCCUGGAAGGGUUUUGCAGCCCAAGAAUUAAAGGGUCCCAAGAAUUCUGACACAAAUAUCGAGUGCUGGUUCUAGUAUCUCAAGGGAGCAUUUGGGAGUUGGAACCCGCAUGUGCCCGCACACAAAUGACCUAACGAAGAAGAGGUCCAGUGACCCUGCCUUCGCGGGUGGGAUCCAAGAUUGAUGUUCCGGCGCUGAAAUCUGCUCCGGAGAAAAUCGUAGUAAGCGAAGUUCCAGAAUAUUUUGUUGAGUAUGCAGAGGCAAAUAAUUCCAGUGUGAGACAUAGGAUGGAGGGGGAAAGGGAAAAGGUCAAGACCAGAAAUCCCUCUCGCACCUCUUCAAUAAAUAAUAGUUUAGGUCGGCUCUAGUAUCUAUGGAUGGGUUUGCCUUUUCGCCUGAUAGGUUUUCUCUUUUUUACCUAAAUCAUAAAGUCAUUUGCAUACAAAGAAAUUAAUAGUGGUUGAUUCAGUGAUUAUAGGAGGCUGCAAUGAUUUAUGAUGAAUUUUAAAGUGUAAGUUGUUGAAAUGUAAAAAACUCCAGGCCGAAGUCAUACCUCUAUUGUUGCCAAAGUACAGAAUUUCAAUGAUGAGGGGGAAAAAAAAAAAGAUUUACCAGCCCGGCUAAGGUUUAUAUUAUAUGAUCAUAAUGCACUGAUUUCAGUAAGUCUCAUAAGUUAAAAAAAGUCACAAAGUACUAUUCAAUAUAUUUACAUAGAUAGUUAUUCAUAAGCAGUAUGUAUUAGUUAUUGUAUUAUUAUAUAGUAUUAGUUAUUUUGGUUAAGAGAAGUUUGAAUAAUGUACAUCUUUCCAAAAGAAAGACAAAUUAAAAAGUACAAUUCAACCAAUUAGGGCUCAAAUACGUGAAAUGAGCCUAUUUUGACAUCAUGGAAAUCAAAUUAAAGCAAAGUCCAUUCUCUCAUCUGUAACUUGAAUGAGAACUGAAAAAUUUCAAAAUUGGAUCUCCAAGAUGUGUUCCUUAUUACUUUACAACGUAUUUUCUAAAAUUACAUUCAUAAUCUAGAAUCUUCUUGUGAAAUCGAUGUAGUUAAUAUAAUUCCGAACUCUUGGCAUGCUUAAAUUUUAAUUAAAUUUUAAAGCCAUUCUGAUUGUUGAGUUCAGUUGAAGUUACUGGAAAUCUGUCCAUUAGUCUGUGCAAGGCAGAGAAAUUUAACCUGUGUCUGCCUGAUGAAUAGGGAAAAAUACAAUGAAUUAUCUAGAUGUUUUCUUUAUUAGAGAACUGGGGGGGAAUGCCCAUCAUAAUAGGCCUAGUUUCUUAAAUGAUUUUUUAAAAAUAGCAUUCAUGUCUGUGUUUUGGGAAGUCAGAAUCAGAAGGUAGUGUUGGGAGGCUGUUUUGAAGAUUGCAUCGCAUUCCAUGGGAGCUGAUCAGGUGAGACGUGCUGUUCAGGGAGGCUGGCCCCAUGAGCAGUCACUUUGGUAACUGUGAAAACAUGAAGCCUGAACAAAAUACGUAUGUUCUGCUUAUGUAAAGAGCCAGAAAACCUUUAAAACAAACUCAAAACAAAAAAACGCAUGAUGGAAGAUGGCAAAAGCUCAAAGUGAAGGUUGGAGCUUUGACUUCUGUUGCUGUGAACUUGCAGAGGAAGGGAGCCCGUGUCCUGAACGCUUACUGCUUCUUACAUUCUAUUAAGGUUUUUGGAAUCUUUUAAUCAAAAUUACAAAGGGAGGAGUGUCUGACUGGCUGUGCGAAGGGUGGUGAGAAAAAAAGUGAAAAAGGAAAAGGAAGAAAUAUGGUUAGGCCUUUCCCCACGCAUUCCAAAUUAGUUCAUCUGAAGCACGAAAUUUGAAAUAUGAACACUUAGAAAAAAGAUGUUUCAUGGACCGACUUUAAAUCCCAAGUAGACUUAAAAAAAAAAAGUCUACAACACAGAAGAUCUAUUUUGCAAUUUGGAAUUCUUUUAUUAAUAGACAUUUCAUAUAAUUUUAAUCAAUAAAAUCUCAUCGCUUUACCUCUUGAGUGUGGAGAAAUGUGCCGGUAUUUUUAAAGGCACUAAAACCAGCUGUAGACAUCAGGCUUACUCACUACGUGAAAACUUUUUUUGUCACACAGCUAUUCCAAAACGUGAUUACCCCCCACCCCUAGGCAGGGCCGAGACAGUGAUUUUAGGCUGCCCUAGCCCACUUACUCUGAGACGUGUGUGGUACCGAGAGUAAUCAUGUGCCAGUCUGGAUGCCUCAUUAAGUCAACCAAGUCCAGAUGUGCUAGGAUCUGUGUGUACGGAUGUAGGCUCAGUCCGUCUGGGACUUCUGGCCAUGGAGAAGCUAUGCUACGUAGGAGGAAGUGAGGUGGGCUCUUGGAAGCUACCUGGCUUAUUUAAAUACAACUAGGUUAUUCUCUAUUUUAUACUUUAGUUAAAGGAGGGAAAGCAAAACCAAAAAGAAACAAAUACAACUAACCAAACUUGGAGGCUACAAUAAUCUGGCUACUGGUUUAAUCAGAAAAUCUUAUUUUAUUCCUUCCAGAGAAAGACCGUAUUCGCUGGUCACUAUUGUAGUCAGAAUAUCAACUCCAGGUUGCUGUGAUAGUUAAAGUAUAUUAUUUUUUAAAUGCUUCCUUUCUAUACCGAAGCUUUGACUUUGCAAGAAGAUCACUUUUUUCCCCAACAAAAAGACGUCUCAGGUGUGUUUUGUGGGUUAUCUGAAGGCUUUCUUUUUCCCCCUCCGAAAGCUUUCAUGUCUCAGAACUUAGCCUUCACCUGUGAAAUGCUAUUACAGCCUUAAUAUUUCCUUACUAGAUCUAUAUUAGAUCAAAUAGUUGCAUAGCAUUUAUAUUAAUUUGUAUGUUUUUAGCUAUGACACCCCGUGUGGUACUUUAGUAGAUGUUUAUAGCUCAACGAUAACUUUUUAUUUAACCUUUUCUUAUUUUUGUAUUUUAUCGUGUAUGCCUUUAACAUGUACAGAGCAGCUGUCAUACUUCGUUGUAACUCAAAUACAGCGACACAGCAUUAAAAUGUAUCUUUGUUUGAUAUACCAGCUGAAAAAAUUCUGUAUCUGUAAUUACCUAUAACCGGACACCAUUACCAAAGUAAUAAAAAUCACUUUAAUAAUCUUG